AUGGUGGGACUAGCUCAACCAAUGCCUAAGAGGUGUCAAGGAGCCAGCUCGACCAACGACUCGAUCGAGCUACACAACUCGACCGAGGUCUUUUGGAGCAUUCUGGAGCAUAUUGGACAUGAGGAGCAUGGAGGGACUUGGCGCAUGGAAGCAGCUCAACUGGACACGCAAAGGAAGAAGGGAGAAGUCAUCUUGAAGACCAGCUCGACCGUCCACUCGACCGUUCCUACUCGACCAACCGGUCGAGUUCCUCAACUCGACCGGCCAAGCUUCAACUCGAUCGAGCUGGGGAGUCAAAGUCAAACCCGAAAAAUGUUGCUUCCCCCUUGA